AUUAUGAUUAUUUAUUCAUUUCUAUUAUCGAUGUGUGUCGUAUUCAGUGGUUCUUUAUACAUUCACGGUGGUCCGUAUGAUUAUCCACGACAAUUUAAUAAUUUACUUCGAUUUCUUGGUUUCGUGCUAUUUUGCCUAUCUGAUAGUGCAUUAAUUAUUCAUCAUGUUGGAAUUGCUGUACCAGUUGCUGAGAAAUUAAUCUUAUCAACUUAUUUUAUCGCACAAUAUCUUAUUUUAUGUGGUUCAUCAUCGUCAUCAUCAUUAUUAUCGCCAUCAUCACAAUCAUCAUCAUCAUCAUCAUCAUCGUUAUUAUCAUUAUCACGUUGUUAUUAUCGCUCAUAUCAAAUACAACGAAAAUUUUGCAAAUGAAUUUUUAAUUCAUACUGUAAAUGAAUAUGUAAGGUAAUUAGAAAUAAACCUUAUCAAAUAAUAUAUACUUCCAUCAUUUACCAUUUAAUGAAGAAAUUG